AUGGAAGACGAAUCCUCCACCAUCUCCGAACAAGCUGCUCUGGUUCCUCAACAAGACGUUCAUCCGUCCGAUCAUCAUCAAGCAUCGUCAGAAGCACCCUUACUGAAUAAUAAUAACAAUAAUAAUAAUAAUAAUGCCGAAGACAUGGCGGAAGCAGGGCUUUCUACUAUAAGCACAGCAGCAGCAGCAGCAACAACACCACCACCAGUAACAACACCAAGGAGCCUCGAGAUGGACGAAUGGAAUCGUACAAUUCAAAGUUUGCAGCGGGCUUCUUUGAUUGCGGCUCAUGCAUUGAUCAUUGUGCUGUUGGUAUUAAUGGCGAAAUGGGUGUCGCAGUUGGGCGGUUUGCCAUCCUCCUUGAGAGAAACUGGAAACGCCAAGCUGGUCUUCAAUUGGCAUCCUCUACUUAUGAUUCUGGCCUUUUGUUUCAUGACAAUUUCCUCCUUGAGCUUUCGAUACCAUCGCUACUUUGGUCAUUAUUAUUGGCAUCAGCAACAACAACAGCAACAACGGACGACCGUCAAGCUGUUGCAUGGAAUCGGAUGGGCAGUAGCUACAGUCUGCAUGACAGUCGGUCUCGUGGCGGUGUUCUUCUCACACAAUGAUCGAGCCAGUGGAUUCAUUGCCAACUUGUACAGUUUGCACAGUUGGGUUGGAAUUGCCGUACUGUUACUCUAUCUAGUACAAUUCUUGGUGGGAGUCGGAACCUUUACGCCAUUACUACUGAGUGGUGGUAUUUUUGGUAAUGCUACUAUUUCUGCGGCAAGCAAGGCCAAGAUUCUACAGAUCCAUGCUUUCUUUGGUCCCAUUUUGUACAUUUCCAUGAUGCUGACGAUCUUAUUGGGGAUUCAAGAAAAGGAAGGAUUCAUUGGAUGCGGGUACAAGGUUGUGGACAAUAAACCGGAUAUGGUUCCCUUUCAACACUUUUCAAAAAUUCCAGCAGUUUGCAAACAAAGCCAUGCGGUUGGAUUUUGCAUUCUGGCCAUGGGUCUUUGUACCAUGUUCACUUUGCACCAAAUGGAUAAACCCAAAUAUCGGCAGCAUGCUGAAUGA